AUGGAUUCAAUGGAGUGUUAUGCACUGCAAAACAACUAUACACUUAUUGUAGUAUACAGUGAAGACUUUGGGGAAAUUUGUGAACAGAAAGAUAUAACUUUCCAACGCCAUUGUAUAACCGCUCACAUCCUCAGAACCAAUAAUUUUUCGUGGGUGCUAUUCGUGGAUGGCGAUAUCGGAAUCGUCAAUGAAAAAAUAAGGCUGGAAAAGUACAUCAAGGAGGACGCUCAUAUCAUCUUUUACGAAAGAUUUUUCAAUUUCGAGGUGAUGGCAGGCACAUAUUUCGCUAGGAAAUCAACGUUCUCUCUGAUAUUUCUUCGCGGCUGGGCUGACUAUGAGUUCCGUUUGCCGAAGAAUUUUCACGGAAGAGACAACGGCGCUUUGCACAGAAAGACUCAUCAUCUGAAUGAGUAG